AACGGAUUACUAACUUUGUCCAAGCCGCUUCCCGUUCAGAUGUUGCCAGGGUGAUGUGCUGACGCUGUGUCAGAAAGAUUUACAAAAAAAAUCCACCUCUUUGAAGGUGACUAAUAUCAAAAUAAACAAACUAUACUUAUCAUGGCGACAGUCUUCGAUGCUCUGUGGGAAGAUAGGGAUGUCCGAUUUGACAUUUCACCGCAGCAAAUGAAAACGAGACCUGGAGAAGUUCUUAUAGAUUGCCUGGAUUCCAUUGAAGAUACCAAAGGAAAUAAUGGUGAUCGAGGCAAACUCCUUGUGACCAAUUUGAGAAUUAUCUGGCAUUCACUGUCUUUGCCACGAGUCAACCUGUCUGUAGGCUACAAUUGUGUCAUAAAUAUUACAACAAGGACUGCUAAUUCGAAACUGAGAGGCCAGACUGAAGCACUUUAUAUCUUGACUAAAUGUAAUAACACAAGAUUUGAAUUCAUAUUUACCAAUGUGGUUCCUGGAAGUCCAAGACUUUUCACAUCUGUCAUUGCUGUACACAGAGCAUAUGAAACAUCUAAAAUGUACCGGGACUUGAAACUAAGAGGGGCACUGAUUCAGAACAAGCAACUUCGGCUUUUGCCUCAGGAGCAAGUGUAUGAUAAAAUUAAUGGAGUUUGGAAUCUAUCCAGUGACCAGGGUAAUUUGGGAACAUUCUUUAUUACCAAUGUACGAAUAGUAUGGCAUGCCAACAUGAAUGACAGCUUUAAUGUCAGCAUACCCUACCUACAAAUUCGCUCAAUCAAGAUCAGGGAUUCAAAGUUUGGACUGGCACUGGUAAUAGAAAGUUCCCAGCAGAGUGGAGGAUAUGUGCUUGGCUUUAAGAUAGACCCUCUUGAAAAACUGCAGGAUGCUGUGAAAGAAAUCAAUUCACUGCACAGAGUUUACUCAGCAAGUCCUAUCUUUGGAGUGGAUUAUGAAAUGGAAGAAAAGCCUCAGCCACUUGAAGAGCUGACAGUGGAACAGGCUCAGGAUGACGUUGAAAUAGAGCCUGAUGAGCAGACUGAUGCUUUUGUGGCUUACUUUGCUGAUGGCAGUAAGCAACAAGAUCGCGAGCCUGUGUUUUCGGAAGAACUUGGACUUGCAGUAGAAAAACUGAAAGAUGGCUUUACUCUUCAGGGGCUCUGGGAAGUCGUGGGUUAAUCUUUUCAAGUCACGUCACUGAUGUUGGAAGAAAUAUGUUUUUGACAUUUAGUUAUUUUAUUUUUUAAUUAUUUAUUAAUCCACCAUUGAUAUAAAAUACUGUACAGUAUAUUAAACUGUAAUUCCUGUAAAGAUGGAGUAAACAAAACAGUACAACUAUUUGUGUUAGCAAAAUUGUGUCCUUUUAUGUAGAAUCAUUUAAAACCUGGUUACAUUUUCAAAAGUUAUAUGUAUGUGUCCUACUUUUGGUGAAAUGAUAAUCCGCAUUUUUAAAACAAUCACUGCAAUCUGCAUUUUUUUAUUUGAUUUAAUUAGCAACUGAACGGUACUAUGCAGUAACCAUCAAAACAAAUGGUAUCAUACUUCUGACAUGACACUGACAAACAUGUAUAAAGCACUUGAAGGGAACACUGAGUCAUUUAUUGUUUAACAGCUUGAAUAAUGAUGCAGCAGCUAUUUACAUAUCAACCAGAAUUGUGCUACUGUUCUAAAAAUGGUAAAAUAAAUGUUGCAGCUGUUGUUUUAGCAACUGUUCCUCCAAUUCACCAGGAUGCCACCCCUUAAGUAGAAACAGGCUGCUAAAUGGAAUAACACAUGAAUGUACCUCCUUAAAUUAAAAUACAUUGUCAUAUGAAUUCAGCCUUCGAUUUGUGAGUGAUAUAGCUCCAAGAAAGUUUCUCUAAUCAGCAGUGAUUGUGUUUUUAUUUUUAAACGGAUAGUCACAAAAGUAAGCACAUACUACACAGAUGUGUCAGUCACCCUCAUUCUCAACUGCUUUGAACUUAUUUUUAACACUGAAAAACAAGGCACUAAAACAAAUGAACAAACAAAUUAUAGCUCCUGAGACUUGUAUGUAUUUAUAUGAGCUGGUUAAAAUCCUGUAAUGCAAAAUAAACUAACAUUCCACUGUGGUUUUAACAUGU